GACGUUGAUGGAUUACCACUUGCAAUGGCAGGAUCUGACAGCGGUGCAGAUUGCAGAUGUUCUUGUUGCACUUCAGCUGGCGAAAUCCGAUGACAAGAGCAAUGGCAGCAGUCGUUUGGGCGCUAUCAAGGCUGCGCGAUGGUUCGCUAAGCUGGCUCGUGUCCAGGAGUCGGAUGCUCCUGCCGGACGGGACAAAGACGCAGUGUCCAUUGCUUCCAGCGACUCUAGCUCCUCUAGCUCCAGCUCUGAGAGUGAUGAUGCACUCUCCCCUGCCAAGGCAGUCAGCGACCUGCCAGUGGUCUCUUCUCCGGAGGAGUUCAAUGACAUAUGGGCAGAGCUUUUGCCGCUCCAUAGUUUGUUGGCCACAGCCACUGAGGCAGCUGCCGCAGCAGCACAGGCGGCGGUUCAGGUUGCCCCCAUGGAUGUGGACAGAGUGUUCAACAAGGGUGAUGGCAAAGGCAAAGGAAAAGGCAAAGAUCACAAAGGUGGCAAAGGCGGCAAGUCCAAGGACAAGCAGAACAAAGGACAUGUGGCCAAGAACUGCUGGGCAACCCCGAACCAGCAGGCGCAGCGGCACACAUACGGGCAAAGCUACUCGGGCGUUCGCAGCGUUGAGUUCGAUGAGACGCCAUAUGAACCGAGAGGAAUGGCCAUGCAGGACCACUCUGAUCAAGAGCAGUGCAGUCACUUCCUGUUGGCUCAGCGCAUGAUGACUCAGGGCAACAGGAUGUGCCAGUGGCGCCUCAAGAUGCUCAAGACACUGAGGACUCUGAGCGUAUUCCUGCCAUGGUACCGAAACCUGAGGUACCCGAUGAGGCCGCAGUGGCGCGACACCGUUU